AGAAGACUGGGGUCCACUGUAAACUACAAUGGGCAUGAGGCUCCUGCACAGUUGCCCAUGGCCAAGCUACCUCUUAGACCCAGACCUGCAGGGCGUUGAUGUACCUAUUACUAGAGAAUUCAGGAGAGUCCACUCUGGAACAGAACACUUGAGGGCUGGGCUGGCUCCCGCUACCAGGCUUUGCUGUUGCUGGACUGGGUGAAGCAAUACCCUUGGCCACUGUGCAAAGCGCUUUUCAGAAGUCAAUCCUCCAAGGAUAGAUGUUAUUUAAUAUAAGCCUCAUUUUACAAAUUGUGGAACUGACACGGAGAUCAAUGGCUUGCCUAUGGGCGUAGCUCAGCUAGUAAGAGCCAGUAAGAGAUAAAAUCUCGGAAAGAAGUCGAGUCUACCUGACUAGGCGAGGCAGCCUCACUAUCAGCAUUGGGCUCUUGAUCCUCCUAAUCUCCAGAGGGUCCAUCCAGUCAGCCACUUCCAGGACCACCCAGAGCCUUCUGGUGCUCGCCUAGGAGGGUGGGACCAAUCCUGCCCAUUUUCCUCGGGUGAGGGCUGAGCUGCACCUGUGGAUAAGAGGCAACCUUGGCCUCCCCUGCUUCACUCAGCGAUCUCAGCUAUGGAGGGAACUGUCCAGCUCGUGCAACUGCUGCUGCCCCUGGUCCUUCCGGCGACCUCGGCCUUGGCGCGCUACACGCCGGACUGGGAGAGCCUGGACGCGCGGCCCCUGCCCUCCUGGUUCGACGACGCCAAAUUCGGCGUGUUCGUGCACUGGGGCGCGUGCUCGGUGCCGGCCUGGACCAGCGAGUGGUUCUGGUAUUUCUGGAAAGGCGAAAAAGACCCGGCUUUCGAAGCUUUCAUGCGCCAGAACUACCCGCCUGACUUCUCCUACCCCGAGUGGGGUCCCCAGUUCGAGGCCAAGUUCUACAACCCCGAGGAGUGGGCUGACCUUUUCGAGGCGUCCGGGGCCAGGUAUGUGGUCCUGACCAGCAAGCAUCAUGAGGGCUAUACACUCUGGCCCAGUCCUACAUCUUGGAACUGGAAUUCUAUGGAUAUAGGGCCACACCGAGAUCUGGUGGGUGAAUUGGGACUUUUCCUCCGAGAGAAGAAUAUCCGUUAUGGACUAUACCACUCACUCCUGGAGUGGUUUCAUCCCUUCUAUCUGCUUGACAAGAAAAACAACUUCACGACCCAGAAUUUUGUCAAGACCAAGGUCUUGCCAGAAAUGGUUGAUCUUGUGAACAGGUACAAACCUGACCUGAUCUGGUCUGAUGGAGAAUGGGAAGCCCCUGACACUUACUGGAAUUCCACCGAGUUCCUCGCCUGGCUGUACAAUGACAGCCCUGUAAAGGACCAAAUUGUGGUUAAUGAUCGAUGGGGCAAGGACAAUCCUUGUAAACAUGGGGGCUACCUCACCUGUUAUGACAAGUACAAACCAAAGAGUCUUCCAAAACACAAGUGGGAGAUGUGCACCACCCUCGAUAAAAAAUCCUGGGGGUAUCGACGAGAUAUGCAAAUCACUGACGUCAUGUCUUAUGCAGAAAUUAUUGAGGAAUUAAUUGAAGUCGUGAGCUUUGGAGGCAACUACCUGCUCAACAUUGGGCCAACAAAAGAUGGGAUCAUUCCUCCCAUCUUCCAAGAAAGGCUCCGUUCUGUGGGGAGCUGGCUAAGGAUCAAUGGGGAGGGGAUCUAUGCUUCUAAGCCAUGGAGGGUGCAAAUGGAGAACACCACCCCCACCAUAAGGUACACCGCCAAGGAUUCUGCUGUGUAUGCCUUCUUCAACUCGUGGCCACAGGAUGGAGUGCUAGAGCUACUCUCUCCUGUGCCAAGAGAAAACACAAAGGUGACAAUGUUAGGAUUCCCAGAGCUCCUGAAUUGUCAACAAAUAUCAACAAAUCAGCCCCUCAUCAUUACCCUACCCCAACUCUCUACAGAUUUUUCAGAGAACAAAGUUUGGACCAUCAAAUUAGAAGAUGUGGAGUGAGGCACAUUGUUUCAUGGGCAAGAGAUACCACACCAUUGUCUGUGACUAUCUGCCAUUUUGAUUUUUCCUUCUAAGGCA